CAGCCUCGGACGAGCCCCCUUUACCACCCUGUCAGUGUGGAGGAGAAGGAGAGAGAGAGAGAGAGAGAGAGAGAGAGAGAGCAGCUGUGUGACAGAGAGAAAGAGAACGAGGCAGGCUGCUUAGAGGAGUGAGAGAGCCAAGGAAGAAAUAAAGAACACAUUUUACAAGAGCAGAAAGAGUGAGGAUCGCAGACGAGGGACUCCUUCUCCACUGGACACCCAGGACACAGUCACUGUGUUUUUUUUUUCACUCAUCUACUAGCUGGAACUCAGUGGAUUGACUAACCAACCGGUGGAUUUUCUUUUUUAAUAUACUCUUGUGCCACAUCGUUUAGAAACUGGGAUCUCUGUUUUGUGUCCUCUCGCUGGCCCAACCGCUACAGACUGAGGUUGCUUUCUGUGUCUGUGCUCGGCUCUCGUGUUGUGAUUCUGCCCCCCCUUCACUCAGAGCGCAUCUGUCGGCAACCGGCGGUGAGGAUAUCUCCCCCUCUGUCAAACAGGACGGCACGCAGCCAUCGUCGAAUCAGGCUCCAGAGGCGAGAGGAGAAAGUGUGUGCAUGUAAGAGAGGGAACGAGAGAGAGGGGCAGUGAGAGAGUCAGAUUCACAGUGUGUUUGAGAGAGAGGCAGAUUAAAGCCCAGGCGAAAGACUGGAGACAAACAGCUUAAAUAGAGAAGUGAACCUAUACGUCCUCUCCCGUUUUCCUCACCAUUCCUUUCCUCUUCCUCUCCUUCUCCUCUUCCUCUCCCAUUUUCCAACAUUCAUAGGACUGCCAGAGCUACUGCCACCUGCACCUCCUCGCGUCUUCUCUUUCCUCUUCUUCCUCUACCUCACCCUUAUUACUAUCCGAUAGCGGUCUUGGUUCGAGCACUUGUGGAAAUAUUUCCAUCGAACUGCCAGCGAGAGACUGAGUGAGCAUCUGUCUGAUCCUGAGUCUCAGUGAGGCACAGUUCGCCAGGAGCUUCCCCAUCAGAGGCGGACCUUCUCCCAGCCACUGUCCACCCCGCAGACCCUGCCUUCUCCCUGGAGGACCAGCUUGCGACACAGUGGUGCGGACAGUGAAGACAGGAAUUGCACAGUCCACUCCGUUGCCUCUAUCCCAUUGCUAGCUACUUGGCAGCUCCCGCCCCCGUGUCACCAUUCCCUGCCUCAGUGCUAAGGAUUCCAGCUACAUGGGCAAGCGAUUGGAGCAGCAGCCAAUGUACCCUCAGUACACCUACUACUACCCCCACUAUCUCCAGACCAAGCAGCCCUAUGCUCCACCCCCUCAUCCCAUGGCUCCUCCCAGCCCUAGCACCAACAGCUGCAGCCAGGGAGGGGCGGAGCAGCUGAGUAAGACCAACCUGUAUAUUCGAGGCCUGCCACCUGGGACCACCGACCAGGAUCUCAUCAAACUCUGCCAACCGUAUGGAAAAAUAGUGUCAACCAAGGCCAUUCUGGAUAAGAACACUAACCAGUGCAAAGGUUAUGGCUUUGUGGAUUUUGACAGCCCAGCUGCAGCACAGAAGGCCGUGUCGUCUCUCAAAGCCACUGGAGUGCAGGCCCAAAUGGCCAAGCAACAAGAGCAGGACCCCACCAACCUGUACAUCUCCAACCUGCCAGUGUCUAUGGAUGAGCAGGAGCUGGAGAAUAUGCUGAAGCCUCUGGGUCACGUCAUCUCCACAAGGAUACUGAGGGAUGCCAACGGGGUCAGCAGAGGAGUCGGCUUCGCCAGGAUGGAGUCUACAGAGAAGUGUGAAGUAGUGAUACAGCAUUUCAAUGGAAAAUACCUGAAAACCCCGCCAGGCAUUCCAGCUCCCACGGAGCCUUUGCUGUGCAAAUUUGCCGACGGAGGGCAAAAGAAACGCCAAAGCCAGAGCAAGUACCCUCAGAAUGGGAGGCCGUGGCACAGAGAAGGCGAGACUGGCAUGGCGUUAACAUAUGAUCCUGCUGCAAUGCAGAAUGGGUUCUACUCCUCGCCUUAUAGCAUCGCCACCAACCGCAUGAUCGCACAGACCUCCAUCACGCCCUUCAUCGCUGCUUCCCCCGUUUCCACAUAUCAGGUCCAGAGUACGUCAUGGAUGCCUCAUCAACAAUAUGUUAUGCAACCUACAGGUGCAGUGAUCACGCCAGCCAUGGACCACACUAUGUCCAUGCAGCCUGCCAGCAUGAUGGGGCCUCUCACCCAGCAGAUGAACCAUCUGUCCCUGGGCACUACAGGAAGUUACAUGACUGCUGCAGCCGCCGCGGCGCCUAUGCAAGGGACCUACAUUCCCCAGUACACUCCUGUGCCUCCAACAGCCGUCCCUGUCGAAGGAGUGGUGACAGACGCCUCACCCCAGACAGUGGCUCCUUCAUCACAGGAGGUGGCUGGCCAGCAGCAACAGAUCCAGGUGGACAGUGCUGCCGACCAUGUUCCUGCUUACUCAUACCAGUCCAAAUAGCAACGGCCUGAGCGAAUGUUCCCGUGACAGCGUUGCCUUGAGACAGAAGGUGGCUGCACUGUGAAUGUGAGGAAAAGAGAAAAGAAAGAGAUUGCUUCCAGAUUGCCCAGGCACCAAAAAAGAGACACUUUUUUCAUUUCCUACCUGGCCUACAAGAAAAAAAAAACCAAGAAGGAGGCAAAGAGUGCUGAGGAAAGGGGAUGGGGAAAUUGCUGGGCACAGUGCAAAGAAGUGAAAUUGUUUAGUCUGGGAACCUGCCUGAAGGGCUGGGCUGAAGCUUGAAAAGUUUCUCAAAGAAAAUUCUCAACCGAUUUAAAAAAAAGAAAAAAAAUGAAAAAAAUGAAAAAAUAACAAAACAAAAAAAAAAGGUUGAAUGCGCAGGUAGGUGAUGAAGUUUAUUUUGUAAUUAGAAAAAGGGGAGUCAAGUUUGAGAUACACACAGAGAUUGUCUUCCUCAGAUAUUAAGCUACAAUUUCUUUUCAGUCUUUUUUAUGUUCUAGUGUUAAAUCUUAGUUUUCUAGAUAUAUUCAAAAACAAAGUGUUUUUUUUUCUUUCUUGAAUCUUCAUGGCCUUAAUUUGAAGGGCGCCAGAAACUUUUUACAGAGUUAAAGUCUGACGUCUGGUUGGGGGUUAAAAAAAAAAAAAGCAAACAAAAUCAGUCUCUUGGACCACUUGGAGGGUACAAGACACUGGAGAGGUUGUUCUAAAGAGGAAAAAAGAAUCUAUCACAUAAGCUGUACAGAUUUAAUAGAGAAGAGCUUUUUUCUUUUCUUCAUUAGAAGAAAACUUUGAUAAUUAUUAUGUCAGAGGUAACUAAAUGUCAGAAGAAAACAAAAUGUCUGUUGGGGGAAAAAAAGACUCAAGGGGGGGAAGGUGAAGCUUUGAAGAGAUUUUUCACAAUGAGGAAAAAAGAAAACAUAAGAAAACAUGCUGCAUUGUGGAUGCAGUCUGUUGCAAAUGCUGAACUUGUUUUUUAUUAUCAUUAUUAUUUUACAUGGCAAAGUUGCUGUCGAUGACAUUAGUGCUUUUUAUCUGCCACAUUUUACCUUUUUUAUGAGCUUUAAGAUGUUUUUAGCCCGCUUUGCUUGUCACACUGCGAAAAAAAAAAAGAAGAAGAAAAAAAAUAUAAAAUGAACAAAUAAAAAGCUACAGAAAAAUUCUGGCAGUAAAAUAAAAACAGUAGAUUCAGUAGGAGCUUAUGGUUUAAACCAAUCAGUGCAAAAGCAAUAGAAGAAAUUGUUGACAAUUUCUGUAGUCUUUCCUAGUUGUGGAUCAAAUGCAGCCCAUGGAUGGCCAUUUUUAUACCAAAGAUGAAGAGACACUCUGAACCAGAGUUUUUUUUUUCUCUCUUUUGUUUUCCUUUAUUUUGUUGUUUUUUUCCCUUUUCAUUUUUCAGUUUGAUUUUGUUGUUGUUGAUGUUGUUGUUGCUGUUGAUGUUAAUGUUGAUAUUGUUGUUGUUGUUGUUGUUGCUGUUGUCGUCGUUUUUUUAUUUGACCUUGAUGGCCGGACCAGUCCUUACUAUCCUUCCUGACAUGUUCUUUUCACCGGGUUUAAAGAUGGUUUUUAAUACUUGUCCGAGCUGACACACACACACACACACACGCACACACACACACACACACACACACACACACACACACACACACACACACACACACACACACAGAGACACACACACACACACACAUCUAAACAUGCUUACAAACUCUGACACAUCCAUCAGGCAGUAUUUAAAUGUGUGACACGACCGGCGGCAGUCAUACCAAAAGUCCUUUUUCUUCACCUCCUCUUCUCGUCUUUUCGUUUGAUUUCAUGCUGUGGGUGCAUUUCACCUCUAUCUCUCUCAGAUCCUGCAGGGAAAACUUUAGGAAACAGACGUGGGGAAUGUUGCUAUUCACGCUCGGUGGUCACUGAUACAUCACCUUUUUCUCUCUUGGUGAUUUCUGUCUGUCUCUUUAUCUCUUUGAUCCAACCACAACUAACUCAACCAUCUCUCAGUGUUCUAAGCUUCAGUUGCUGCUGUUUGACCUUCUGUUGAUCACUGUGUCAUUUGGACACUGUUACUACUUAUGUACUCAGAAUAACACCAGAUGAGUCAAGUUUGCUGCAUGUUAUACAUCAGCUAAGUUUUGAAGAAGUAUUCAAUAAUGAUUGCAUAAAUUUUAAGACAUGGCACUGGCCUCAUGUUGCUGGAAGCCAAAGUUAUUUAAAGGAAUAGUUUGACAUUUUGGGAGAUGUUUGCUUUCUUCAGAAGUCACACAAAAACAUUGAUUCUCUUGUGGGAAUAGGAAAUAAGAACCUACAACCAGCAGCUGGUUUGAUUAGCUUAGCACAGAGUCUGUGCAGCGGUAACAAAAAAAUCACCUACCAGCAGCUCAGAAGCUCACUAAUAAAUAUGUUAUAUCUCAUUUGUUUUAUAGAAAAACCAGUGUAAGUGGUUGUGCUUUUUUAGUCAGGUUCAGUGACUAUCUAGUGUCUUUUCGUCACUGUGAAGCUGACAUUCAUCCAGUAGAGACUCCAGGAAGCUACUGUGAAGAGAUGUUAGACUAUUCCUUUAAAAUACACUCACACAGAGGCAGGAGUGACUCUUUAACUCGCUGAGAAGAUAACUCGAAACCCAGUGACUCCAAUUUGCAUUGUAGAAAUACCGUCACUACUGUCUGCCUGCCUGCCCUGUGACACUAACAAGGCAGGAGGAGGUGUUUUAAAAGCUAGAGGAGCACUGAUUGUCUUAAACAUCCCCCUGAUCACUGGCUCAGCACAAGGUCAGCACACCUGUGGGAACUAACUAGACUCCUCAGCAGCCAUAAGGACAUGCUGAUGGCAGCUCUGUCUUCAACCCCUCCACUGAGAGUCAGUUACACCCCUAGUUGUCCCAAUUUGUUGCACAAACAGCCCCAUCUCAUCUGAUCCCGUCUUUCCGUCCCUGAGCCGCAUGAGGGUUUCCAGUGAUUUCAUCUCUGAGGAUUGUCCCUUCAGAAAUUGCCUGUGGGACGGCGGCCAUUUCUGCCGGCAUUACAGCAGCCUGUGUGUCUGCUGCGUUCACCCUCCUGCUCUGCCCCGACUGUUGGUGCUCCAGCACUAAAAAGCCCCCCGCUUCAGUGGCACCAUUAAUGUGCCAUGGCCGAGCCAGGCUCCUUUGCUCUCAUUUUCCCUCGCUGUCAUUCUCUCCCUUCGUCCCCCCUCGCUCUCACGCUCUCUCUGAGGUUUCUUCUCUUUAUUGGAUGGUGCAGAAGCAGAACCACAAACCAAUUUCAGUCACUCUCGCAAUGAGGCUUGACGGGCCCAAUUUGUCUCCCUCCGGGGCAAUAGGAUCCACUCCAGUGUCCCUCAAAAGACCCCUUUCUUCCAGACGGAGAGGGAGCUUUUUGUUUGGUGACAAUUGCAAUUGAGCUCUUGCAGUUCAUGUGACUCACUGCGAUCCGGAGUCACUGAUGGUGUGCACAUUGCAGGCCAACUAUGUCAUCACGCAACAGUCCUGUAACAAUCAAAGUAUACAUCGAGUGCCUUUUAACAAAGCUUCCAAAUGAUUCCAAAUUAAACGCGGAACAGUUAAAGCAAAGCACAUGGAAGAGCUUGUUAAAGAAGUUGUGCUAAGGACAAAUAUCGAAGCUACUUUAUGGUGCUAAAGAUGAAGCCGUCUUGAGCUUCUGCCUUCGUUGUGUUCACUGAUCUCUGUGAUGAGCUGGCCACUGUUCACCCUUUGGCCACUGGUAUCACUCCUUACCGGCCACAAAAAGACACCGGUUCCUCAAGUGAGCUGCACUGUUAAAGCCAUACGUAUGUUUUAUUUCCUUUUCAGUCACACGAUAAAUACGUGCUGCAGAUUCUUGUCUUCCAUCUGCCGACAGAGGUCAGAAGCCACGUGUCAUUCAAACCGUCUCCGAGCGACUGUUCGGCUGUUUAUUGUCCAAUCAAAUCAACACAUGUCCUCUUCCUUUCAUCCGAUCUGCCACUCAACAUCUGCUUUCACUUGCCUUCAGGCUGCGAUUUGCUCUUAUCUCCCAGUGAAUAAGUCUCUUCCCCCAUUACGGUCUUUAACGGCUAACAUCUGACAAAUGUUGGGUUUUAGGGGUCCCUGAUGUGCCAACCCUGCUCAUCUGUUCUCCACUGUUACUUAAACUCACUGUAUUCAGUUUCUCAGUCAUUUCAAGUGUCCUGAUGAAUCAACAGAGCUGCUACACUAUAACUUUACCAGUUUUAAGCUAGUAUGUGUGUGUCCGUGUGCAUGUGUUUUUCUUAAUGUCUCAACUUUUACCAGGGUUGUGAAUACAGCAUAGCUAAAACCAAGUCCUCUCGACUUUUACAGCUGCUGUUUUAUAGAGUACAGAGGACAUUUUGAAGCUUAAUAGGACUCAUAAUGCAGGAGUUGCACAUCAGAGAGCAGAGCGUCCUACAAAUGGCCUGAGAUUCAGUCGUAAUGGCAUUAUGGGAAAUAGGAUUACAAAUAGCCAAGAGAUUAUGGGGGGGAAGAAAUGCACAACAAAGAAUAUCAGCUCUAUUUUGCUAAUGGAGAUUCAAGAAAGAAAAAGAUGUUAGGGCAGGUGUUUGCUACUAGUGCACAGUGCUAAUAUUUCACACACAUCUGAGAGAUUACCCAACAAACAAAAACGGCUUUUUCUUAAUAGCACAAUGGCAUAAUGUAUGUUUUCUGAAUACAAAUACCUUAUUGGAAGUGUAUACAAGACAUGCCUGCAAUUUUAAGGAGGCUGGAGCAGAAAUGUGCUCCCAGUCAGUCUAUGUGUCAGCACAAACCAGGAGCCGGCUACACCAGGGGAGAAAGUGUAGAAGAACAAACAAAACAAAAAAAAAGAUGGGGUGAUCAUUAGCUCCUGUUGCCGGGCAGAAGUGGUCGUCGCCUGGAGUUGCAGCAGUGUGUUUCCUGUCCAGGACUCCAGGGGGUGACCAGCAUGACCCCAAGCUAAUUAGCAACACAUUCCCUUCCUUUCUUCCUCCAUCACACCAACACCUCCUCUACUGUUGUUGUACACAGGCGCUAAUCAUUUUGUACCUCGCCCGAUCUUGAGUUGUGUAUCCAACGUACUUCGCUGUCACUCUGCCAGCCGUCAUUUCAUGUCAGUCAUGUCUUCUGCUGUCUUCUUCCUCAAGUUCCUUUGCAGCUUUUGGAGGAAAACAGGAGUCGGGCUGGUUGAUCUCUCAUCCUUGGUUUCUUAUCUCACCUGCCUCAUGGAUCUGGGACCCCACUUCACCAAAUUUGCAACAUGUUGCACCGUACUUGUGGGACUUUUUGCAAGAUGCUAUUCUUUGUCGUUGCAAUCCAGGCGCUAACAAGUGGCUUUUGUGAAGCAGGCCGCUGAAUUUUAAUUCCUAUGUUCUCUCUCAACAGGGACAGCCAGUUGGAGGGUUAAUGUCCUUGUUGGCACGUCAUUUAUAUCGCUGAGUAGCCCCACUAGAACACUCUUUACAGUUUGAAGGAUCUGUUUGCUGCCACAGUGCCAGGGAGUAAAGUUUAUGCAAUCAUGUGCUAAAUUUAGAAUAUUUAGUGAUUAAACAUUUAUCUGUCAAUGCAGCAAAUCUCACUCAUCUGCAGCCCCAGUGAAAUUGAAUCUGAAUUUUCUAUUUGAUGCAGGAAGAAGGGAAAAAUACUGUACAUUCAGAGCAAAAACAUUUAAUCUCCCUUCAGUGUCCUUUGGAAUAACUCUCUACAAGGUAACUCUGAUCUUCUGUGAGACUCCAGAUGAAAUACAGAUCUUGAGAGUUUCUCCAGUGUCAGUCUUUCAAGGCGAGGUGCUUAUUUCACUGCCUUUUUUUAAAGAGAAGAAAAAGACAAGUUUCCGUCCCUGUACUCACCAUUUCUCACAAUCACUGCCGCCAUCCCUAAAUCUGACAGAAAAUCACUUAUGUGGUGUGUCUGCCACACUGUUACAGGAGUAAACUCAUUAGAUGUAUUACAUGUCAUGCUCAGUUGUGAGGCUCUCGCGGAUUCAUCCUGUCGUGAGCGGAGUCGUAGCCGUUUUCCACGUCGAUUCUCGUGUGUUUUUUGUGGAAAAACAGUAGUUCAGAGUUACUCUCGCAGACUGUCUCUCACAGCAGAGUGUAAAGGAGAACUGUGGCUCAAUAACUCAUCACAGACCAGCACAUUCACACACUCACACACACAUAGUGCAGUGGGAAAAUUGCUCAAACUAUCCCCCCUGCUAGAGCGAGGCCCUGUGCUUUUAAUUGAUGCUUCGGUCCACCUUUGAUGAGUGCUAUCGAUUGGCCACGCAACCCCAGGAGCUCAGCCACUCAGCCCUUGUGGAGUUCAAACAUCUCCCCGAGAAAUACAGAAUCUAACAAUCACUAGGAAAUGACCGAACAGAUUAUUUUGAGACAGCCGGCACAGAAAGUGCAUUAGGCAUUGGACUCAUGUACCAGAUUUUUUUUUUUUUUUUAAAGAAAAAGAGGAACUAUUUAUUAGGACAGCAGAGCGGUUUUUAAUUUUACAUUUUUUGUCAGUUUUUCUCUUUUUAUUGUUUUUUUUGUUGGUUUGUUUUUCACUUUUCUUUGUUUCGGCGCCGAGGAGGACAUGGUCACGCCUCGCACACGCUGCUCGGUGUGUGUGAUCUUUGAGAAAUUAUCUGUACAUCUGUGGAUGUUAGGAUUUGACUUGGGUUUUAUGAGUUGUUUUUUCUCUCUCUCUCUGAUGAAGCUUUCAAUAAAAAAAUGUGGGAAAAAAGCA